CCACUGCAGGUCCUCGCCUCGGUGGGCCCGGCCCUCUCAGUGCUCCCCGCCCCCACCACCGCCCGCGGCUGAGGAGAAGCGGCCCGGCGGCAGCAGAAGCUGCAGCAUCAUCUCCAGCCCGCCCGCCAUGGAAGACCUGGACCAGUCGCCGCUGGUCUCCUCGUCCGCGGACACCCCGCCUCGGCCGCAGCCGCAGUUCAAGUACCAGUUCGUGCGGGAGCCCGAGGACGAGGAGGAAGAGGACGAGGAGGACGAGGAGGACGAGGACGAGGACCUGGAAGAGCUGGAGGUUCUGGAGAGGAAGCCCGCCGCCGGGCUGGCGGCCGCCCCGGUGCCUGCCGCCCCGGUGUCCGCCGCCCCCGCGCCCCUGCUGGACUUGGAAAAUGAGCCGUCGCGGGUGAAGGGCCUUCCCCGGGUGACGGGCGGGGCGGCCGGGAAGCCCGGGCUUUAUUGUCUGGGUUUCGGGGAGCACGUGCACCCCACCUGCUCCCGAUCUUCUCCUGCUUCCCUCUUCUCCCCUCCCUCUGGUCCCCAUUCCACUGCGUCCCUGAAGCUGGAUGAGACACUUUUUGCUCUUCCUGCUGCAUCUGAGCCUGUGAUGCACUCCUCUGCAGUUGUCGACCUUCUCUACUGGAGAGACAUCAAGAAGACUGGAGUGGUGUUUGGUGCCAGCCUCUUCCUGCUGCUUUCACUGACCGUGUUCAGCAUUGUGAGCGUGACGGCCUACAUUGCCUUGGCCCUGCUCUCUGUGACUAUCAGCUUUAGGAUAUACAAGGGUGUGAUCCAAGCUAUCCAGAAAUCAGACGAAGGCCAUCCGUUCAGGGCAUAUUUGGAAUCUGAAGUCGCUAUAUCUGAGGAGUUGGUUCAGAAAUACAGUGAUUCUGCCCUCGGCCACGUGAACUGCACGAUAAAAGAACUCAGACGCCUCUUCUUGGUUGAUGAUUUAGUUGAUUCUCUGAAGUUUGCAGUGUUGAUGUGGGUAUUCACCUAUGUUGGCGCCCUGUUCAAUGGUCUGACACUACUGAUUCUGGCCCUGAUUUCACUCUUCAGUGUUCCUGUUAUUUAUGAACGGCAUCAGGCUCAGAUAGAUCAUUACCUAGGACUUGUGAAUAAGAGCGUUAAAGAUGUUGUGGCUAAAAUCCAAGCGAAAAUCCCUGGAUUGAAGCGCAAAGCUGAAUGAAAAAGUCCACGAUAGUUAACGAUAGGAGUCCAUCUGCAACUGGGGUAUUCACUGAUCACGUGGGGGAGGGCCGGGGAAGAACGGGACCUUGACGCUGUAGUGCGGGUUCACAGAUCUUUAUUUUUAGCAAUGCAGUGUUUGAGGGAUAUUACCUGUCUUGACUGCCCUGUGUUCAUCAUCUUAAGUAUUGUAAGCUGCUCUGUAUGGAUUUAAACCGUAAUUAUGUUUGUUUUUCCUGUGUGACGAGGCACUGGUGAAAGAUCUGAGGAAGCUGUACGCUACACUUUGUCGCAGGUAGUCUUGCUGUAUUUUGGGAAGUUGCCGAGAAAGUGGAGCUGAAAAAAAAAUAACCCUUUUCACAGUUUGUGCACUGUGUAUGCUCUGUGUAGACUGAUGCAGAUUUUCUGAAUGAAAUGUAGACGAGAUCAUACCACUAAGGCAGGCAUGAGGAAAGCUUGCCUUUCUGGUAUGUUCUAGGUGUAUUGUGAAUUAUACUGUUAUAUUAAUUGCCAAUAUAAGUAAAUAUAGAUUAUAUAUAUAUCUAUACAUAGUGUUUCACAAAGCUUAGACCUUUCCCUUCCAGCUGCCCCACAGUGCUUGAUAUUUCAGAGUUGUUGGUUAUAUGUGUUUAGUUCCAAAGCACAUAAGCUAGAAGAAGCAGCUGCGUUUCUAGGAGCACUACCACCUGUUUUCCGUGUGAAGCUACGCCGUGCACGUAGACUCCUCAGCAUAAACUUCAUCGCACAAACUCACCGUAGUUAAUUUUGUCACAGACUCUGAAUCUAUGGACUGAAUUUAAUGCUUCCAAAAACUUUGUUUGCAGAUAUCAAAUGUUGUUAUGUAAGAAAUUAUAAACUGAAGAUUUAUACAAUUGUGGUUUAAGCUGUACCGAACUAAAUCUGUGGAAUGCAUUGUGACUUGUAAAAGCGAAGUAUCAAUAAAGCUUAUAGACUUGAA